GUUUCGAAUGAAUUCAGAAAUAGGUGAUCAGCUUGCGGACAAAUUUUUAGAAUUUUUGAACCAGUCUAGGUCGGCAUACGCCGCAGUAAAAACGGCAAAAGAAUUAUUGGUCAAAAACCGGUAUCGGUACAUUUCUGAAAAGGAAAGCUGGCGAGGCGUGAUUAAGCACGGAGAACGUUACUUUACGACUCGAAACCAGUCUACGAUCGUGGCAUUUGCUAUUGGUCAGCGGUUCAAUCCAGAUGAUGGUUCAGGUUUCAACAUUGUAGCGGCACAUACCGACAGUCCGUGCCUGAAGGUCAAACCAGUUAGCCGUAUUCAAGGCGCCGGGCUCCUGCAAGUGGGCGUCGAGUGUUAUGGGGGAGGAUUGUGGCACACGUGGUUCGAUCGAGAUCUUAGCAUAUCUGGUCGCGUUUUGGUACAACGAGGGCACCAAAUUGUGUCGCACGUCAUCAGCAUUGAUGGGCCGAUCCUCCGCAUUCCCACGCUGGCCAUUCACUUGAGUAAGAGAGUUAACGCCGAUGGGUUUAAUUUCAAUCUGGAGCAACAGCUGGUUCCGGUCAUUGCAUCUGAAGACUUCGAUAUGCUCCAUUCUACGUUAGACAACCCGAAAGUAACACAUCAUGACGCCCUGUUGAGUAUUCUUGCGAAGGAGUUGAAUUGUCGCGUCGAAGAAAUACUAGAUUUCGAUCUGAGCUUGGCAGACGCCCAAGAGGCAGUGCGGGGAGGCGCCUAUAAAGAGUUCGUAUUCGGUGGUCGACUCGACAACCUGUUUAUGUCGUGGUGCAGUUUGCGUGCCUUGCUGGAAGCAACCGACCGAGACGAGCAAUUGGUCAAUCAACCGCAGGUGCAAAUGGUCGUCUUGUUUGACAACGAAGAGAUUGGGUCGGCGAGUGCGCAAGGGGCGGCGUCCUCUUUAUUGAGCGAGGUCGUUCAGCGGGUUUGCGAUGCGAUGAGCCAUAAUUCGCAGCAACGAGUCGACACCGCCUCGUUGAUGAGGCGUUCGAUGCUGCUUUCGUGCGACAUGGCACAUGCCUGGCAUCCUAACUACAGAGCGGAGCAUGAGCUGAAUCACACACCCCGCAUGCACGGCGGGGUCGUUAUAAAACAAAAUUGCAACCAUCGAUACGCGACGUCGGCGGAGUCAAGAUGCAUCCUCAACAAACUUGCCCAACAGCACAACAUACCAGUACAAAACUUCGUCGUGCGAAACGACAGCCACUGUGGAUCAACGAUCGGGCCCAUCGUGUCCACGCAGUUGGGCAUCCGCUGCAUUGACAUAGGCAUCGCACAACUUUCUAUGCACAGCAUAAGAGAAAUGGCCGGCAUUAUCGAUUUGUUCUACGCCGUUCGACUAAUCAAGGAAUUCUUCUUGAACUUUUCCACAAUAGAUCGUAGCGUGAUCAGCGACGACUAUGUCCCAACCACCCUGCCAGCUUAAACGCUCCCUAA